ACGUGUAAGUGGAAAGGAACAGAAAGGUGGUUCAAAGGGAGCAGGCCACUCCUUUCUUGACUCAAGAACUCCUUCCCUUUUUUUAUUUCUGCUCUUUUGGCAUUAUGGCGUUCAGUGGGAAAUAUGAGCUUGAGAGUCAAGAGAAUUAUGAGGAGUUUCUGGAAGCAGUUGGUCUUCAAAAUGCCAAGACAGACCACAAGGUAGUGACUGAAGUGGUGCAGGACGGGAAUAACUUCACCUGGACACAAACCAUCCCGAACUGGACCUGGUCCAAUAAAUUUAUUGUUGGUCAAGAAUGUGAGCUGACGACGAUGACAGGAUCCAAAUUCAAGGCGCCUGUAACUAUGGAAGGCGACAAGAUUUCAUGUCAUUUCCCUCAGUACCUCUUCACAGCAGAGAUCGUUGAUGACAAGCUAGUAAUGACUUGCAUAACUCCAGGAGAGAAGGGUGUAACCUUCAAAAGAAUCAACAAGAGGAUCUAACACCGCGAGACUCAACACGCUUGGAUGGAAAAGAGGCUGCAGAAGGUGAAGCAUGACAGUGCCUGUUAAAUGGGCCGAGGAAGAGCGUUGCUGGGCCUCACGGGUCUAAAACUUAGGCCCAACACAGCAGAAGUGGCCAAACAACAUUGUAUUUUUAAACAUGUUCAUCUGUAACGGUGUUCAUUUUUGAUCCAAUGAACAUCUCCUGUUUUACUUUCAAAGUGCUAAUGAUCUGCCACUGUGCUCUGAUUUUGAAAGUCAACAGAUUUUCCAUCCACUUCCUUUAUGUGUUGUUUUACAGCCUUUUUUUUUACUUGUAUGUCUCAUUCAUGUGAAAAUCAUAAGCAUAGGGUGAUCUCUUACAUGGUUUAGACUGAAUGAUUUUUCAUGACUAUUAAACUAUGAUUUAAAUAA